CUCUGUGCUUCGUUGAGUUAGAGCUCUGAAUCAAGCGAAGUACCCGCCAGUAUAAUAAAACGCACCCGGCUGAGUGUCGAUUGUUGACCGGCUCUACACCUGCGGGUUCUUCGCCGUUGGGAUACAAAUAUACGAUACCGGUUGCGAUGCCCCUUCACUUCUAUCAUGGUCUUUCCUCCGGACCCCAUGCCAUACUACAGCGGAGUAGUAAAGGCAGGCUACCGCCUGGCCCAAAGCAACUUCCGAUCAUAGGAAGUGCACAUCAUAUUCCACUGCAGUAUAAGCAGAAUACACUUGCAGAGCUGGGAAAGAAAUUCGGAGAUGUGAUCUAUAUACGCACUCUUUGGAAACACACGGUUGUCUUGAAUUCUGUGCGCGCAGCGCGCGAGCUGCUGGAGAAGCGCGGGUCUACAUACUCGGAUCGACCGCACUUUGUGCUGAUAAGCGAACUAAUCGAAGCGUUCGAGCCUCAUCUCCCUCUAAUGCCAUACGGGGAACAGUGGCGAAGGCAUCGAAAGUGGUUUCAGAUGACGUUGUCAACUAGGGUCGCGCUCGAUAGCUAUCGCCCUCUACAGCAGCGAGAGGUGGUAAAGUUCCUUGCGAACCUGCUCGAGAACCCUCAAGGAUUUGCAUCCCAUCUGAAGAGAUAUGCGGCUGGAGUGCUCAUGGAGAUCAGCUAUGGACAUACUGUCACGUCCACUGAUGAUGAAUACAUUCGCAUGGCUGACAAGGCGAUGACAGAGAUCAGUGAACUCCAUGGGCUGUCCAUUAUCGUACUGAACUUCCUUCCGAUUCUCAAGCACACCCCGACGUGGCUCCCAGGUGCUGGUUUCAAGCGCGAGGCGUUGAGACUUAAACGCGUAACGUUUGAUGCGAUGAACAUUCCUUUCGAGAUCGUCAAAACUGAAAUGGCUGCUGGGACGGCAAAACCCUCAUUCGUCAGAAACUUGUUGCUUUCGGAUUCCCAAUCUUCAAGCGAUGAGCAAGAAAUCAGAGCAAGCGCCGCUGUGAUCUACCUAGCCGGGAUUGAUACGACCGCUACCUUGUUGACUACGUUGAUCCUAGCCAUGGUGCUGAACCCUCAGGUGUACCGGAAGGCUCAGGCUGAGAUGGACGCUGUGGUUGGACCUGCACGGCUCCCGAAUUCUGAAGACAGACCGAUGCUACCCUACCUUGAAUGUAUAUUGAAGGAAGCCCUCCGAUGGAGCUGUCCAGCGCCUAUAGGCGUACCACAUCAAGUGUCCCAGGAUGAUGAAUAUCGCGGCUAUCACAUACCGAAAGGCUCGACGGUUAUAUCAAACAUAUGGGCUAUGUCACGAGACGCAGUGACGUACCCGGAUCCCGAAGCCUUCAAUCCUGACCGUUUCCGUGAGGACGCCGACGACACGGAUGGCAUCCUCGAUCCGCACAUAUAUACUUUUGGGUUCGGGCGAAGGAUUUGUCCCGGACGUUGGCUAGCCGAUUCGAGCGCAUAGCUUGUAACGGCAAAUUUGAUAGCGUCUAUGGAUAUUGACAGGACUCGUGACUCAGCGGGGGAAGAGAUCAUUCCUGUUCCAGCGUUCGCCGCAGGAAGCAUCAGGCAUCCGAGGCCGUUCCCGUGCAACAUCAAGCCGCGCUCCGAGCAAAUUGCACAAAUGAUUAUACAGAUGAACGCUAGGAAGGA